CCAGCCAGUUUCCAGUACGCAGGAUGUCUCUUAGGCCGUUGAUCCUUCUUACCUUCCUCUUCGUCCUCGCCACAUCCUUCGAAGUGCCGAAGGGGAUCGCGUUCGACAUAGACGUCGACAGCGUGCUCAACAACAAACGGCUCCUCGAUGCUUACACCAAGUGCUUCCUGGACAAAGGGCCGUGCGCGGGUGCACCCAGGGAAAUGAAAAAAAACUUCGCUAGUAUAUUCAGCACAAACUGUUCCACAUGCACCAAAGUCCAGAAGAAGCAGGUGAGAAGCGCUUUCAACAAGCUGCGCGAGAAGAAGCCGCAGGAGUUUCACAAAAUCUUCGAGAAGUACAACCCUGGGAACACACAUCUUCAAAGAUUUCUGAAUUGGCUCAAAUCAAACGAACUAUGAUUUCCGCCACUGUUAAAACUCUAAACUCCUCCCACAAUUGAAAAAGAGUCUGUUAAUUUAUUUUUUACUGUAUUUCUUUUUAAAUUAAGAUUUGUUAUUAUUUAAAUAAAUUAUACAAGUUUGUA